AUGGAUCCAUUCUCUCUGACUUUGGGCCUCUUGCCGUUGGUCGGCGGAGCAAUCAAGGCAUGCUCUGUUGUCCGCAAGAAAUUCAAGACGUUUCGACACUACUCGAGAGAAGUCCGGCGCAUCCAAAAGCAAGUUGACCGUCAACUGAACUUCUUUACGAAUGAGAUACACCUGCUGCUUAGACGAACUGUUGAGAAUGAAGAGACGAUCGCCUCAAUGCUUGAGAAUGAGAACACUCAACAAUGGCAUAGCUCUCAGAUUGAGGAAGAGAUGAGAAAAGCACUCGAUAAGGAUUAUGAUGUCUGCCAGGGCGGGAUUGAAGACAUCGUCGGCGCGGCGCAAAGCUUUCAGGACGACUUCCGCUGCUUCGACGGACUCACGGCAGAGUGCCGACAGGCAAAUCUGCGAGCGUCCAUCGACGACCUCAAACGUAUCCGAGAGCAGAGGAGUGAGCUGAGACGGAAUAAGAAUGAGCUCAUAGCAACGAAGCAACCUCCUGGGAAACUAAGCCAAGAAUACGGGCAUAUCGGUCAAGUCAGGAGAGCGUCGAAAGCCUUCCACGAAGCCCUUGCCGAAGCUUGGUCUACCUCGAGUACUUCCACCGAGGUACUCGGCAUGCGCCAUACUGUUCGACUGUUUCUGGAUACCACGGUCAAAGACGAUGUUCAGAUGCAUGUUGCUAUAUCCUGCAUGGGCCAUGAGCUUACUGAUAGAAAGGUCCGCUUUUCGGAAGACGUGCGAGAAGAGGCCGGCAAAGAAGAUGAUGAGUUUGACGCAACGAGGGGCGUGAACCAUCGCCAGGGCUCAUCAGUCAACUUGUGCUCAAAGGGUCUAUGCCCAGCCUUGAAUAGCGUCUUCAACUUUGCCUCAGAAGGGGUUUCUCUGAUGUCAAUGAACGACGUGUUGAUGACUCCUGCCGAGACCACGCUUUCCAUUAUCGACCAACUAAAGCUGGCUCGUGACAUGGUGAGCGCGGUUCUCAAAUUUUACUCCACGCCGUGGCUGAGAGAGUACUUCACCCUACGGGACCUCUCCUUCUUUCAGAUGAGCGGGGACUUUUCGAGGUGCCUUCGGACCCUCCAUCUAGGCUUCGACUUUGUCCAGUCAUCCGCUGCAAGCCUACCACGAAGCAUGGAGGGAAUAGAGGCGACGGCCGUGCAGGACAGCAGCGACGGCAGCCCUAACGAAGUAGAGAGCGCUGCCGAGCGCGCAAAGUUGGAGUACGGUAUACGCAACCUGACGCUUUGGAGUCUCGGUAUCACUCUGCUUCAGAUCGGACGGUGGUCUAGCCUAGAGGCCCCGGAAGACGUUCUCAGCGUUCGGAGGCUGUCGCGGCAGGUCCCUACUUUGGGUCCGAAGUACAGGGACCUCACCAGGAAAUGUCUGGAGUGUGACUUUGGAUUCGGUGACGACUUGUUGAAGCCGCGCUUGCAGCAGGCUGUAUACGAGAGCGUGGUUUGCGAGUUGAGCGAUAUGAUCAAGACACUGGAUGUCAGCGAUGAUUGA